AUGCGUCUAGAAAAUUAUCCAUUUUCUGGUAAAGAUGAUUAUCCAAGAAGAUUUCAGUAUACAUGGUUUAGCUUAUUUCCUUCAUGGUUAGAGUAUUCGCCAUUAAAAGAUGUUGCAUAUUGCUUACCGUGCUAUCUUUUUAGUAAAAAACCAAGCGGACGACCUGGCUCAAAUGUUUUCAUUGUUACAGGUUUUAAAAAUUGGAGGAAAGUUAAUAAUGGAAAAAAUUGUGCUUUCCUUAAACACAUUGGGAAGGAUCCUUGUUCACCACACAAUAUUGCAGUGUCUGCUUGUCAAGACUUGUUAAAUCAAAAUUGUCACAUUAGGAAUGUUUUGGAAGUGCAAAGCUCAGAUCAAAUUAUGAAGAAUCGGUUACGUCUCAAGACUUCAAUCGACACGGUUCGUUUUUUAUCACUUCAAGCUUGUGCUUUUAGAGGUCAUGAUGAAAGUAUUGAAUCGAGGAACCAAGGUAAUUUUCUUGAGAUGAUAAAACUCAUAGCAUCACACAAUGAUGAAGUUGCAAAAGUUGUGUUGGAAAAUGCUCCAUUCAAUUCCAAAUAUACUUCACCCAAAAUUCAAAAGGAGUUAUUGAAUAUUCUUUCUAGAAAAGUGAAAAAUCAUAUUUGUGAGGAAAUUGGGGAUUCCAAGUUUUGUAUAGUUGUCGAUGAAGCUCGUGAUGAAUCAAAAAAAGAGCAAAUGGCUCUUGUUUUGAAAUUUGUUGAUAAAAAUGGGUAUGAUGGUGCUUGCAAUAUGAGAGGAGAAUGGAAUGGAUUACAAGCAUUAUUUUUGACUGAUUGUCCUUAUGCAUAUUAUGUUCAUUGUUUUGCUCAUCGGUUACAACUUGCCUUGGUUGCUGCAUCAAGAGAAGUUAUUCCAAUUCACCAAUUCUUUUCAAAAUUGACUUUCAUUGUCAAUAUUGUUUGUUCUUCUAGUAAACGUCAUGAUGAGUUACAGGCUGCCAAGUUAGAUGAAAUUGCAUAUUUGUUAGAAAUUGAUGAACUUGAAAAGGGUAAAGGGGCAAAUCAAAUUGGUACUUUAAAACGAGCUGGGGAUACCCGUUGGAGCUCCCAUUUCUCUUCUAUUUGUAGCUUGAUCAAUAUGUAUGAUGCAACUUGUUUAGUUCUAGAAAAAAUUACUGUUGAUGGAUCUACUUAUUCACAACAUGGUGAUGUUGAUAAUGCUUACAAAAGCUUGACCUCAUUUGAGUUUAUACUGAUCUUGUAUUUGAUGAGAGAAAUUAUGGGGAUAACAGAUGUUCUUUGUCAAGCAUUACAACAACAAUCUCAGGAUAUAGUUAAUGUUAUGCGUCUAGUUUGUUCUACAAAAGGACUUAUUCAAAACUUGAGAGAAAAUGGUUGGGAUAAGGAUAUUGCAACUAGCUUCAGCUCUGAUUCAAUUAUUGAAGAUUUUAAGUCAUUGAAAGAGCGUAAAAGAGCACUCUGA